AAAAUAUUUGAAAAUAAAAUCAAUUUUAAAUCCUUCGUGUUUGUUGUUGUUUGACGAAGCUUAAGCGGAUUGCUAGUUACAAUAUUUGUUGAUUAUAUUUAGCAUGAAUGUGAUAUAUCUCAAAGUCGUUUUUAUUACCAAAUGACUUAUUCUUUUCAGCUCAUAUUUUUAUAGUUAUAAAUGGGGAAACAUGCGGAAUGGAGAAGGAUAGCAAAAAAGUUGAGAAGAAAACGAAUACGUCAAAAGAAUGCUCAGGAGAGAGAUCAGCUUGAGGAAAAGGUUCGCUUAGAAGUCGAAAGUUCACCAAGUUAUCGUGUGAGGUUAGAAAAUGAAGAAAAAGCUGAAUUACUGCAAUUGCAAGAAGAGAAGAGAAUUCAUGAUGAACAGGAAGCAAAUUGGUUGGAAAGAGAAAAGAUUGCUCAAAAAGAGUGGAGAGAGCUGCAAAACAAAUUAGAAUUACUAAAAAAAGAGAGGGCUAUACAAAAUGCUAGGAUAAGGGAGGAAUGGGAACAAGAAAAGAAAAAGCUGAAGGAAGCUGAGGAUGCUAAAAAGAGAGAAAUUGAAGAAGAACUGAAGCGGCAAGAAAAAUUACAGGAAGAAAUUAAUCAUUUCAUUGAGUUUGGGGGCAGCAUUCCAGAGCACUUGAAAAUUGAUCUCCAAACAAAUCCCGGGAAGAUAGUUUGCCCAUUUUUCAAUAAAACAUCGACAUGCAGAUUUGGAGAUGUUUGCUCAAGAAAUCAUAUUCGUCCUGGUAUCAGUAAAAUAUUAUUGAUUCCUAAUUUUUAUUCACACUACAGCUUAGUACAAACUGAAAACGAACAUGGAAACAGUGCAUUGGAGUAUGAAAAUAGUGAGCUCUUUGCCCAUUUCAAGGAAUUCUUUUUGGAUAUUGUACCAGAGAUGGAAAAAUUUGGAGAAAUCAAACAAAUUGUGGUUUGUUGCAAUGCAGAAGUCCACCUGAGGGGAAACGUUUAUGUAGAGUAUUGCUCUGAGAGAGAAGCACUUCUAGGUUAUAGGUCACUGAAUGGAAGAUGGUAUGCAGGAAAGCAGCUAAAUGUUGAGUUUUCAUGUAUAUCCUCAUGGAAGGCAGCUAUUUGUGGAUUGUUCCAUAGAAGAAAAUGUCCUAAAGGAGCAAGCUGUAAUUUUAUCCAUAGAUUCUUGAAUCCAAGACAAUUAUACUCUGGCUUAGAUGAAAGGUAUCAUAAAUCUCCCUCCAAGAGCGAAUCUCGCACCAAGAAAAGCCCAAGAAGAGAUUGGAGGUGGUCAGAAUCUCCAGAACAUGUAAAUUGUCAAUCAGACUGGGAAGAUGGGUCAUCCUGUUGUGAUGAAUCAGUUUCCAAAGUAAAUAGUACAAAAUUAGAUGGAAGAAAGGAUUCUGGGUCAGAUAGAAAUUCUCACAAAUCCAGAAGAAAUUCUUCAAGCACGAGGAAACGUCGUAAAAGAUCGAGGUCUCGAUCAGAAAGGCACAAAAAAAGUAAAAGAACAUACAGAGAGAACAAUAACGAAACAAAACAUGGUGAUUCGGCAGAAAGAAGAGAUUCACAUGAUUCAAGAAGACAUUCUUCGAGAUGACUAGCCCCAUAGUGCUCAAGAGUAAUGUUUCACUAGAAAAAAAUCAAUGUUGUAUCUGGAUAAUACAACUCAUAUCGUUUGUGAUCAACACAUCUCAGGCAUUGGAGAUAAUUUACUUGAGCAAAACAAACAGCUUAUAGACAACAAAGAUGUUUGAGUUAUUAGUGAAAAACUAAUUGUACAUAUGUGUAAGAUGAAAAAAAGUAUGAAUAAACCGGAAAACGAG